AUGGCUGCGCAGCAGCCGCUGCAGGUGCUGGAGCUCUACAGCGGCAUUGGGGGCAUGCACUGCGGCCUCCUGCAUGCCCAGAAACUGAGGCUCUUCAGGUCCAGACACAAUUUGAAGCUCAACUGCUGCUGCUGCGGGGCCCCGCUGCCGGCCCCGGCCCCGAAAACCAGCCCCAGAAGCGGCUCUGCGAAGAAAGCAGCAGCAGCAGCAGCAGCAGCUGCAGCGGGCUGCUGCUGCCUCAAGGGCAUUCCUGCCCCAGGCAGCAGCGGCUCUGCGCCGCUGGACUGCUACGAAGGACUCACUGCCCAAAACAUCCCUCUUGACGGCAGCAGCUACUGCGUGCAUCCCCUGCUAGACCAACAGCCCCACACAACAGCAGCAGCAGCAGCAACAGCCGAAGCUGCUGCACCACACAGCAGCAGCAGCAGCGGGGGGCUUCCCUUCCAGGUGGUUGCAGCCGUGGACAUCAGCGACUCCGCAUGCGCUGUGUACCGCGGGAACUUCUGCCGCGCUCCGCAGCAGCAGCAACAGCAGCGGCCAGAACAAGCUGCUGCUGCUGCUGCUGCUGCUGCUGCUGCUGAGGGGGGGCCCCCCAAGUGCCUCAGCGCAGACAUUGGCCGGCUGCCCCUGUCCUUCUUCCAGCUGCUGCGGGGGCCCCUGUGGCUGCUGGCUCCGCCGUGCCAGCCAUUUGCCCGUCGGGGGCUAAAGGCAGACUGUGGGGACUUGCGCUGCAGCAGUUUGCUGCAGCUGCUGCAGGUGCUGCAGCAGCUGCCUCCGGAGGCGGCGCCGCGCUUCCUGCUGCUGGAGAACGUCGCCGGCUUCGAGCGCAGCAACGCCUGCGAGCUGCUGCUGCAGACCCUCAUAGAUAAGCUAAACUAUGAAACUGUCUUUUUGCUGCUGCUCAAUCCCAUACACUUCGGUCUCCCCAACUGCCGCAGCAGAUGCUUCCUCUUGGCGAGAAAGGCUCACCCGUCGGACGGGCAGUACGCGCGUUGGCUGCGGGACGCGGCGCCUUACACAGCAGCAGCAGCAGCAUCUGCUGCUGCUGCUGCUCCCGCUGCAGCAGCUGCUGCUGCCGGCAGCGGCAGGAGGCCAGUGCCGCUGGACCGGAUCCCAGGGCUCUACUCCUCACAGGCGUUUUACUGCUGCCCCAUUUGGCCCCUCGAGGCCUUUCUUGAGCACUCGCUGCCUCCCCGCAGCAGCAGCAGCACCUGCUGCAGCAGCAGCACCUGCAGCAGCAGCAGCAGCGUUUGCGAGUGGCGCAGCUUCAGCGAAGAGCACCCGGCUGCCUUUGCCCCUUCACCGGAUGCUGCCGGAGAGGAGCAGCCGCAGCAGCAGCAGCAGCAGCAGCUGCAGCAGCAAGAGCAGCUGCAGCAGCAAGAGCAGCAGCAGCAGCAGCGGCUAUCAGCGCUGGAGUUAAGUGCAGAGCAGAAAAGAAAGUCCUGGCAUAUGGUGGACCUCGUCAGCCGCAGCAGCACGCGCAGCAGCUGCUUCACGCGGAACUAUGGGAGGAGCUGCCUGGCCCAGUACGGCAGCAUUUUGCUGCUGGACAACCCAAGGCAGCUGCUGCUGCAGCAGCAGCAGCAGCAGCAGAAGCGCACUGUCGAGCUGCACGACCUCCUGCCCAGCAGCACGCGGUGCCGCUUCUUCUCUGUUAGGGAGCAGCUCAACCUCCACGGCUUCCCCUCUUGGUUCAGCAUCGCAGCCCCGCUCAAAGAUCAGCAGCAGCGGCAGCAGAAGCAGCAGCAGCAGCAGCCGCAGCAGCAGCAGCAGCUGUUUGAAGACAAGCUGCAGCACCGACGCAUGAUCGGCGACAGCCUCAACGUGUACCUCGUAGGAAUGCUCAUUGACUUCCUUAUAGGCGACGACCCUCUCUAG